CCAGCGGAGGGAGGACGGGCAGCAAACUGAGAGGGAGUGCGGGAAUGUUUUGGACGCUCGGCUUUCGCCAGGACCACUGAGAGUGCGGCUGCGGCAGAUGCUGAUCCGUCGCACAGACAGAGGUGUCCAGUUGCUCAAUGAAAGCCUCCUCCGCUGUGCGGAGCCUGAUGACCAGCGGCGUGCUGACGGGCAGCCUGGGCGGCGGCAGUCGCGGCGCCGACGAGCUCGUCUUCACGCAGCUCAAACCGGUGAGCCUGAACUCGGAGGAGCAGACGGCGAUGUUCGGGGGCAUGAAGAGUCCUGCGGCGGGGAUGCUGGCGGCCGAUGAACUGGCCCAGACACGGUGUGAGAUGGAGAAGUAUCUGUCACCCCAGCCGCUGCCUGUGCCCGAGUUGAAGAAGUACAGACGGGACAGUGCCUCAGUGGUGGAUGAGUUCUUCCAGGACGAAAAGCCGUCGCCGUACAGUGUCAAUAUCAACGUGAUCCUGCCCGACGUCACUUACCUGCGCACUGGUCUUUAUAAACCACAAAGGCCAUCCAUGGCACAGUCCCAUUCGGAAGAUGUUAAUGCUUUUACCCAAGCAGGCAGGACACUUACGACCCAGUCCCUGCCCGAGUUCACCAGCGUGUUUAACACCACACAGCCUACAGAUGUCAACGCUGCGUUCAUUAAGCAGGAACUGCCCACUCCUGAAAUGCAGUUGCCUGCGUCCCCUCAACAAGGUCAGCUGUAUCAGCUACUGAGUUCCCCAGACUUGGUGAGCAUCCCAGGCAAUGCUCCUCAUACACAAAGUAACGCACCAUGUAUGGGCAACCUUACCAAUGCUUCAGUAGCAUCCGGCAUGACUGGCAUGAACACCCUUGCCACUGGGCAUCCUCAGACGGUAGUGAAACACUUCCAUUCUAUCUCGGCCGGUAGCUUUGCCAUGGCAACUCAGUUCUUCCAACAGCAGCCCACGUACCUGCCCCCAUCACCUCCAAAUUCCGAGCCCGGGAGCCCCGACAGGCAACCAGAACUGUUGCAAACCAUGACGCCACCUCCGUCGUACGCCGCUUCCAUUGCCUGCAAGUUGGGGUCAUCCACUCCAACCCACGGCCUCCCAGCCAACUUGCAAGUCACGCAACAGAACGUCUCGCCAGUUAAAUUCAACCGGAGAAAUAAUCCGGAGCUCGAGAAGAGAAGGAUUCAUCACUGUGACUUUCCAGGUUGCUCUAAAGUGUACACCAAAAGUUCACACUUAAAAGCACACCUGAGAACUCACACUGGUGAGAAACCUUACCAGUGCACCUGGGAAGGCUGCGACUGGAGAUUUGCGCGCUCGGAUGAACUGACUCGCCAUUUCCGGAAACAUACCGGAGCAAAGCCCUUCCAGUGCUCAGUGUGUAGCCGCAGCUUUUCCCGCUCCGACCACUUAGCUCUGCACAUGAAAAGACACCAGAACUAGGACGUGGAUCCACCCUGAAGCGGCUCUUCUUCACAUAAAGAAGAUGUUGUUGUUCAAACAACACUCCAGGCUCCUGUUUAUGUAAACCUUGCUGUCAGGGCUCCUUUGCUUCAGUCUAGAGUAAAGGAGGUUUCAAUGAAAUGCAUAACUUUCACUUAAGGUUUGAAAACUGGAACUGUGUAUAUUGUGUACAUACUCACUGGGACUUGGGAACUGUGUUGAAUAAGCAAACUUUAUGAAAUUUAUAAUAGGGAUUGAUUUACCUGAUUAUUUUAGAUUUGCUGUAUGUUAAACUAAGCUCUCGUCCAUUUCAUAGACACACUUGCACUACAGUGUAGUUGCUAAUAUUAUUUACAACUGCCAAGUUCACAGGAUAAAACUUUCUCUUAUGUUUUGACCAAAGCACUGUAUGGUCUUGGCAGUGUUUAGUAAAUGUAGCUGAGGACAUUGAGUAAAGAGGGCACAAUGUGGACUAACACAGCUAAUAUUAUCUACUGAAUACAGAAAGGGAAUUCAGCCUAGCGAAUACUUGAGGUUUUUGAAUCACUUUAUGAAAGUCUAUAUCAGCAGGAUGUGGGUGUUGAAUUUAACUGUACAACUGCAAAUGGUUGCUUUGGUGGGUCAGCUUACCUGAGCUUAAUGAGGCAACAAAGCAGAACCAGCAUAUCUUUGGAGUGCUUUUGUAUUGCUUUCUGUGAAUGGAAAAUUAAUUGCUUUUGAGAUUUUUGGAGAGCUGAUCUAGACUGGCCCUGGCGAACCCUGUUCUCUUAUCCUCCUCCUCUUGAGCCCUGUGACAGUCUUACAUGGCAUUACUUGGAGGAAAGACUUCAGGUCAUGUUUGCCAAAGUUCCUGACAGUCAGGAAACCACAUCUUGGGUUUGAAACCCUAAAUUACAGGAGUUUCACUUUUCAGUUCCAAGUACGAUUAGGGUUGUAAUUUACUUCUCCGACUCGGGAGUUAACUCUCCAGUUUUAACAUCACAGCGAGGUGAUAAGUGGUGUAUAAAUAUGGCCAAAAAUAGCCUCUGCGUGGAUUGGAAAUCACCAAAGCCUUGUGGAAUUGGAUUAAUCCUCAAGAGGCUGACUCUAUAGUUAUUUUAGCACUCCAUUCCACUUUAAAACUACUGCUGCAAUAAAGGUAUUUAUAUGUGUGUGUAUAUACUGUACAGACAGUGGCACUGACACUGAAUAGAACGUCUCAUUCUGCACUCAAAAAUAGGGGAACUAUUCUUCUAUUGUGUUUUAUUAAAUAUAUUGUUUUUUUAAAAUAAAGAACAAUUUGACAUGACUUUUUUUUUCCUGAUAAACUUCUGUUAUGUUUUAAGCCUAAUCAGGCAGUUGAGAAUUCAGUUUAAUCAUAGCUAGACGCAGGAUGUUGGAUUAGUAUUGUGUGCAGAAAGCUUCAGAGGAACAUUAUCUCUUGUUUGCAUAUGGUGGCAGUCCUAUCCAAAGAAAAUCGUGGUUCCUAUUGUGUGGAGAUCCCGAUCCGAUCACCUCUGAUCUUUUUAAUAACUUGGGAGAAAAUAGGAAAAAGACUGCAGUUCGCUUUUUAAACUGUUGAAUUAUAAUGCUGUAACUCUUAAUUUGUGGUAAAAGUGCUUUUCUAGUUAAGUGGGAAUUUCGCAGGUAUGGAUGUUAUUAAUAAAGGGCUAACUAAUUUAAAGAAGGCAUUUGAAACCAAAGGAUAACCUCUACCUGGCUCUGAUUUUGUAACACAAAAGAAAUCUGUUUAAGAUAAUUAUCCACUUGUUUUAUUUAUUUCUAAUCAUAAAAUGGCUUUCUAAAUGGUUCUUGAAUAAACCUGAUAAAUUAUAGCAUUCUCCAUUGCAAAUACCUGGCCAAAAACAACUGGCAAUAAUAAUAUGUAAAUAACAGUGGAAGAUGUAUAUAACUUUUUUAAGAUGCGACAAAGGUUAUACUUUGAACAACUGAGCAAAAGUGGCUGUAUCAUUUUACUUUGGCUCAAAUGAGAUAUUACGUUGUAUUUCCUUUUAAGUUGUAGUUGUAUACUGCGUUUUACAAUCUGCAUUACAUAAAAUGAGAUUUGUUCUUUUGAGAGGGGCACAUGUUUAAAAAAAUCAGUAAUAAAUUGUUUU